UGCCACGCGGGCCGCUGUGUCUGUGAGCCGGGGUUCCGCGGCGCGGCGUGCGAGUCGGCGGCGCUGCCUCCGCCUGAGCUCGACCCGGACGACGUGGUUGCGGGCGGGGCGGUGGCGCUGCGCGCGAACGCUUCGGCGACCUUCCUGCUCCCGGUGCGCGCCCCCUUCGCCCUCGCGCUGCCGACCGACUUUGAGCUGCUCGCGGACGGGAGGGUCGAGGUCGUCUCGGACGAGGAGGAGCAGCGGCGGCUGCUGGUCGCCGUCGCGGCCCCCUCGUCUGUCGCGAGCGACGGCUGCGCUCCCGUGCUGCUCGCCCUCUCGCACGACGGGCUCUCUUUCUCCUCCGCACCGCUCUGCGUCUGCUUCCACGGCGCAGCGUCAGACGGCGCCGCAGUCAUCGCGCGGCACGGCGGUAGCGGCGGCAAGUGCGACCGCGAUCGGCAACCGCCACCGCCGGCCAGCCUGCUGCCCAACGGCCGCGGCGCGCGCCGCGGCGACGGCGGCCUCGGCCUCGGCGCGCCCGCCGCGUCUGUCGCCAUGCUCUCCGCCUUUGUCGCCGUCGGCGGGGCGCUCCGCGCGCAGCGGCGGCGGCGGCGCGAGGCCGAGGCGACGAUGACGUGGACGCAGAUGAAGGACCUGCCUGAGACCCCGCCGCCGGGAGCGACCGCAGCUGGCCACUUCACCGCUUCGCCGGCUGACUCGCCAGGCUCGCAGAGGAGCGGGGUGGGGAGGGGUCCGGCCGCCGCCGCGGGCGUUGAGCAUUGAGAGGAAUUCAGCGUCGCUGCAGCAGUUCGAAUGACGAGCUGGUGUUUACCCGCCCUUGCGAGUCUGACAAAAUCUUUUCUGCACGGACGCGCUUGUCUCGUCAGCCUUCGGGCCAGGUGCAAGAUCCUGGAAGCGCAUAUAUGACAU